GGCUGAUGCACUCGUAGGUCAUUAGACAUGUUUGCAAAGUUGAAGGGUCUCUUUAGCAGCCCGCAGGUGCCAGAGGGCUCUGGGACUACUAGCAAAGCCCCUGACCCAGCUCCACCUCCACCUCCACCUCCAGCCAAGGAGGAGAAGCCAGCUGAGAAGGAGAAUGAAGACAAGAAAGUGGACAAACCACAGGAAUCAGCUCCAUCACCGGCACCACCCCCAGCCCCUGAACCAGCACCAUCAGCGGCCCCGGCACCAGCUUCGGCACCAGCUCCUGCCCCAGCUCCAGCCGCGGCUCCAGCUCCUCCACCAAACCCCGAUCAAGCUGGAGCUGAGGGAGAGGAGGGAGUCCCCCCUCCACCUCCCCCCAUAGUCAUCAACAAGUACUCAGAUGAGCACCUCAGAGCCAUAAUCAUGAAGAUGAGAGAAAGAAAGCAGCUCUUCAAGGAGAAAGUGACUGAUCAGUAUGCUUCAUCCCCUGAGAUAACCCCUCCUGUCACGCCACUGCUACGCAAAGACGACUACAACAGAGUCAUAGAGGAAAGGAGACAACAGGCAGAGGAGGCACGGAUAAAGAAGGAGGAGGCAGACAAGAAGAAAAAAGAGGAGCAGGAGAAGAAGAAAAAGGAGGAUGAGCAAAAGAAAGCAGAACAAAAGGCAGCAGAGGCCAAACAGCAGGAGAAGAAGAGUAUAAGAACCAGGAUAUCCGAGGCAAUGUGGUCAGUGGUGGACACUGUGUUGAAGCCACUCGAGGACCUGAUGGACUCUGUGUUUGGGCAAACCAUAGACCCUUUCACGGACCGUCGCUACAUUGCAUGGCUAAGCUUGGUGACUGUGGCCUUUAACUACAACACGUGGUUCAUCACGGCCCGCCUGUGCUUCCCCUACCACACUGAGAUCUCCAUCCCUUACUGGUUCACCCUGGAUGUGUUGGCUGACAUCAUCUACCUGGUGGACUCUGUCAUCUCCCAACCCCGCAAACAGUUCGUCAAAGGAGGAGACAUCAUUAAAGACAGAGUGAUGACAAAGAAGCACUACAGAGAUUCAGAGAGAUUCCUGGCAGACGUGGUGUCAGUCUUUCCAUUUGACUUGUUGUACAUCCAAUUUGGAUUCAAAUCUGCCUUCAGACUCAAUCGUCUACUGAAGAUGGACACAUUUUUUGAGUUCAGUGAUCGUCUAGAGAGCAUCAUGGCCAAGGCUUACAUCUGGAGAGUGAUUCGCACAAUUGGUUAUCUGCUCUUCAUGCUCCACCUUAAUGCCUGCUUCUACUAUGUGGCCUCAGAAUAUCAGGGCAUUGGUAAAACUAAAUGGGUCUACUCCGGCGUAGGCAGCGCGUACCUGCGUUGUUACUACUUUGCUGUCCGCAGUCUGAUCAACAUCGGGGGUCUUAAUGAACCCGAAACCGUCUUUGAGAUUACCUUUCAGAUGACUAAUUUUUUCUUGGGCGUCUUUGUGUUCUCCAGUUUGAUUGGACAGAUGAGAGAUGUCAUUGGUGCAGCGACAGCAGGACAGACUUACUUCCGUUCUUCCAUGGACAACACUGUGGAGUACAUGGUGACCAAUCACAUCCCGUCUUUGAUACAGAACCGAGUCCGCACCUGGUACACCUACACCUGGGACGCUCAGGGCAUGCUGGAUGAGUCCGAGCUGCUGGACAAGAUGCCUCUAGUGAUGAGAACAGCCAUUGCUGUGGACAUCAACCUGGCGACCUUCCAGAAGAUUGAUCUUUUCAAGGGCUGUGACCAGCAGAUGUUAGUGGACAUGUUGCUGAGGCUCAAGUCGAUCAUUUAUCUGCCCGGAGACUUUGUUGUGAAGAAGGGUGACAUCGGUAAAGAGAUGUACAUCAUCAAAGGUGGAGCGGUGCAGGUGGUGGGAGGACCCGACAACAGCAUUGUGUUUGUGACACUAAAAGCUGGUUGUGUUUUUGGGGAAAUCAGUCUCUUGCAGUCCUCCAAAGAUGGAGGGAACAGGCGCACAGCUAAUGUCAAAGCAUACGGCUUCGCCAACCUCUUUGUCCUGGAGAAGAAAGACCUGUUUGAUAUUUUGGUUCAUUACCCGGAGUCGCAGAAAGUGUUGGCCAGAAAGGGCAGGAAACUAAUAAAGGCCAAAGGUCCAGCAGCAGCUAAAGUUGAAGAAGAGAAGGAAAAAGGACUGGCGCUGUUCGGACCCAAACCCCCCACACCCAAACUGCUGCGCGCUUUCGGCGGGACCAUUAACAAAACGUUUAUCAACAAAAUGAAGACUUCCAGUACCAACUAAUAAGGAGCAUGGAAAGUUUUUUUUUUUAAUAACCCCUUUUUUGGAGUGAAGAAAAUGUAUCUCUCAUGGAAAUGAACUCAUUUCUGUUGAAAGCACCUUUCAGAUGAUAAUUUUACUGCUCUGUGUGUCAUUCUGUCUAAUUUAAUAAUAACAACAAGCCAAGACCAUGUGUACCUCAACUACUGCCCCUAGUGGACACUGCUAUGUAUGUACUUCGUUCAUAUGGUUUUUAUACAGUAUAAUCGGUCAUUUUUCCCACUGUAGGCGUGGAAGCCUGCCUGAGAUUAUCAGUCAGUAAGAAGCAUGGUGACAAUAAUGUUGACAGUUUAUAUUAUUUGACUGAGUUUUAAUAAAUAAAUAUGUUUGAACUGCA